AUGAUAGUGGAGUCAGCUCAACACUAUGCAUGGCAACCAUAUCCACCAUUUAUCAAAGCUGUCUAUCCAUCAUUCACUGCCAAUGGGUCGUUAGUCACACUGAUUGGUGAUAACUUUGGUGAUGACACCAACAAUCGAAUAUCUGUAAAUGUUUCAACAUCAAAUAUUCCAUGUAAUAUUAAGUUUGCAACAUCAACUCAAAUUAUUUGUCAACUCGAAUCAUCUCUUGUUGGAACAACCAAACUCCUUCCGAUUUCAAUUUCAGUUGAUGAUAUUUAUACUCAAACCUAUAAACCUCAUAUUUGA